AUGUGCCUGACCGUUACAACUUCAAGAUUGACAAGUACGUUCUUUUUCCUCUGAUUGGUGCGUAACCGCUGAAUUAGCCAAUAGCAUUGAGUCACGUCGUCCAAAAAGUAUCCAUGUCUUUCCAACAGUCGAAGAGGAGCUGUUUGCUCUGGUAGAGAGAACAUGGCACCACUCGUUUGCACCUGCACACCACUUUGCAAUUCUUCUCCAGCAGCUCUGAGCCCCCAAGUCCAACGUGAUGGCGAUCAUCGACAAGUCCGAUCUUCCGUUGUUGCAGCCUCGCACCAGCACACUGCUCAACACUAACAACGUUUCGGAGCAGUCUUUAACUUCUCCACUGCAAUCAAUUCGGGAGAGCUUCCACGCUGACCGCUUCAAGCUGCGGUCGAUUGGCUCUGUGCUUGGGUGGAUCGCGCUUGGCAGCUUUGUCAGCUCGGCGGUGCUAGCACCUAAGCAGCUGGGCGAUUACACGCACAAUGGGAUGUCAAUGCACGCGGUUCAACACCAACUCGACUUGAUGGCGGCGUGCACGUCCACCGGUAGUGCCAAAGGGGACGGAGACGUAGAAGAAGUUCAAACCAACAAGGGUGUCGGCUGGUUCCUUGGCGGCAACGAUCCCGAGCACGUCCUGACGUCGCUACCGGAAGUCACAUCAUUUGAUAAUCUUCCUGAAAAUUGGGACUGGCGCGACUAUAACGGAACGGGUGUCAGCUUGACUACCAGCGUUAUGAACCAAAUGGUCCCGCGCGCCUGCGGAUCCUGCUGGGCUUUCGCCACGGUCAGUGCGCUGUCGGACCGAAUUCGAAUUGCACGGUUCAGAAAGACCGGUCGUCUUGACACGGAGGUGCUGCUAUCGCCGCAAGUCUUGCUUGACUGCGGCAUGCGCUCGUUUGGAUCGUGUCACGGCGGAGACCCGCGGUAUGCACACAAGUGGAUCCACGAAAACGGCAUUGUCGACUUGACAUGCAACCCGUACAUAGCGUCGCACCCGUCGUGGAUGGGAGGGGGUGACUGCGCUGCUACACAGUGCCACACUUGCAACCUGAAGGGCGAAUGUUUCGUGUUGGAGGACCCAGUGAAGUAUCGGAUCUCUGAGUACGGCACACUCAACUUCACGACGCCGGAGGAGUUUCAGCUUCAGGCGAUGAGCGAGAUCUAUCAUCGGGGCCCCAUCGUUGUGAGUAUGUACUCAUUAUCGCCGGAGUAUCGCCAAUUUAAGGGAGGUUAUAUCCUGCGUGAUUCAACCAAGUACCCUGGAACUACCCACGUCGUGAGUCUUGUCGGAUGGGGUACUGACGCCAAGACGGGAGUCAAAUACUGGAUCGUUCGCAACUCGGACGGUACCAAUUGGGGCGACCGCGGUUUCUUCCUCGCUGAAAGAGGUGUGAACAUUUACAACAUGGAAAGCCAUGGAGCCUGGGCUGUCCCCAUCGUCUAGAAAAAAUAAAGUUAAUCAUGUAGAAUCGAACUAAUUCAUCAGAAAUAGUCCAGCACAUUUUAUGACCAAAUGAGAAAUAGUCCGAAAUAUGAGGCGAGAAAUGGUCUGAAAA